UACCUUAUCCCGUCAGAUAUUGACGAGUGUCAGACAAGUAACGGCGGGUGUGACCGCAUCUGUCUGAACAUGGAGGGAAGUUACCAGUGCGCUUGUGACUCAGGAUUCAGACUAGCAGACGACAUGCACUCCUGCGAGGACAUAGACGAGUGUUCAGGACCGAACCACGGCUGUACCCAGUUCUGCACCAACACAAUGGGCGGGUUCGAAUGUUCCUGUAAGGACUACUACGUACUGACGUCCGAUGGAAAGUCUUGCGAAGCUGCGCAGUCUUGUAGUAACGACACUGCCUGCACCCAGCUCUGUGCUGUCAUCAACGUGACAGAAGUGUGUGACUGUAUCAGUGGAUAUACACUGGCUCAGGACCUACAGACUUGUACAGAUAUUGACGAGUGUGCUGCCAAUAUGAACAACUCGUGUGACCCCGUGAACGGAGCAUGUACCAACACCCCCGGCAGUUACAACUGUUCCUGUCAGGCUGGUUAUCAACUGGAGAGCAAUGGUGGUACUUUGUGUGAAGAUAUUGAUGAAUGCAGCACUUCUAAUGGAGGAUGUGGACAGGUGUGCGAGAAUAGCCCCGGGACUUUCUCCUGCGCCUGUCACCAUGGUUACACACUGGGGGCUGACGGGAAGGCAUGUAAUGAUAUUGACGAGUGUGCGCUGAACACGGACGGUUGUGAGCACCUCUGUACCAACACCAACGGUUCGUUCGUCUGCUCCUGUCCGGAGGGACUUAAACUGGACAACACUGGUACCAACUGUGUCGCCGCUGAUGCUUGCUUGAUCACCACCUGUUUUCCUGACGGUAUCGCCACCUGUGCCGUCAUUUCCGGUACAGAGACUUGCAUGUGCACCACCGGAUAUGAACUGGACAGCAAUGCUACAACCUGCCAAGAUAUUAACGAGUGCAACACAGUGUGUAACGGCACGAACAUCGCCUGCACCAACACGGAGGGAUCCCACACGUGCGGCUGUGUGGCAGGGUUCUAUUUGGAGACAGCAGGGGAUGGGGCUGUCAGCUGUGUUGCCACAAAGUCGUUUUCUGGUUCGAUCAGGAUCACCAGUAGAACCUACACGGCCGAUCUCGCUGACACGACGUCUUCGGCCUUCAAAACUCUUGCUGCUUCUGUCAAAACCACGCUGGACGACUUGUACACAUCCAAACUCGGAGACGCUUUUAAGGGAACGGAGAUCACCGGGUUUAGUAACGGCAGCAUCGUUACCGACUACAACGUCAACCUGGCGCCCAGCAGUAACGAGACGGCGGGCAGUCUGUCAACUGCGCUGUCUGAGGCCGUCCAAGACUCUGGCGGCGGCUCGUUCUCGUUCGACCCUACCAGCAUCAGUGUCACUGAUGUGGAUGAGUGCGCCACUGCAGGUGCGAACAACUGCCACAUGCAGGCCACCUGCGCCAACACGGAGGGGUCCUAUACCUGCACCUGUCUCACCGGCUACACAGACAGCUCACCUGCCGGUACCAAGUCUGGUUCCGUGUGCGAAGCUGUCAGGCCGCUGUCUCCGGACGGAAACAUAGGCGUAGCCAUCGGCCUGGGAGUGACGUGUGGCAUUCUGGGUAUCAUCAUCAUCGCGGCAGUACUGUGGUACUUCAUAUCGUACAAAACGAAAAGGGGAUCUGCAAAAAUUAAUCCGGAGUAACAGCUGUUGAUAUACUUUUAGGACGUCCUACUUGGUAAACGUUCCUAAUUUAUAUUAAGCAUCGUCCAAAUAUAAAAAUUUUGCUGAACGAAGACUUCAAUUGCUGCUGUUCUCAGUAUAAGCCAUACAUGUGCCCCCUACUCCUGCACUUUUGAUUAUUUUUUCUUUAUUGUUAUUGUUUUAUGUGCUAAACAACCAAACAUAUUCGCAGGUAGGCAGUCAGAGACUGACUGAUAAAUUCAAAAAUAGAUUUUCCUUUUCUAUCAUUGAGAUUAUGUUUCAUGCCAUCCCUUGAAAACAAGUAUAUUUUUUUAGUUAUUUGUGCCUACUAAAUCUAUAUAUCUUGUAAAUAUUAUUAUCCGUGUUGCUGUGCAUUUUCCUAUCUAUUAUGCUUGUUUUGCGGUGUAUGUCUAUAUCGUGUGUUAAUUUGCGUGCAUAUAUACUAAUUUUAGUCAAUAGAUAAAUCAAUCAAUAUUUUGCAUCAAGUCAACAGAUCUAUGAAUUUUAUAGAAAUUGAAAAACUGCCUUUACGUCAUUUUGUAUAAUUGUUUUCUAAUUUUUAGUAUUCCGGUAAUAAUAGUAAUGUAAUUGUCAGAGAAAUUUCAGGGCCCAAUGUCAAUGUCCUGCUAUUCUGUACAACUACAAUCACUGAAUAAAACCAAAUGUUAUUGGAAUUGA